AGACCGUUUCCCAUGACUAUUAUUAGAACCCAUCUCGUUUCCCAUAGACCAGCUACCACGUGUUCCGCACGCGACCGCAGCUUCUGUUUCUCUUUCUAUCUCUCGCUCUUUCUUUCUUUCUUUCUUCGUCGUUCGUCGCCGUCGAGACGCGCGAGGUCUACCGGAUCUCUCUCCGCCGGUAUGCGCACGUUAGUGCAGCUCUGCCAUCUCUGCUAAUUGGCACUCUAUGGCUCCGUUCCAGAACAUCCGAAGGCUCGCCGAUGGUGUAUUCCUUGUUGCCUUCGAAGCCGCCAAAGCGAUCCCCAGUCUUCGAGGCCGCGAGGGCUGGGGAGAUCGAAACCUUGGUUUCGAAAUCCCUAAAGGAGGUCCUCGUCUCCGCUACGGAUCUCACCGGGCUUACGAGUGGGAGGUCUCGUGAAUUCUCUGGCCCUCGGGCCAAGGAAUCAGUAGUCUUCUUCUCUGAUGGCCCUGAAACGAACGCUUCCGCAUCAGGAUCCGUUUGUGAGGUGAUUCCAUCAGCUGUAAUCGCGAAUCAGGGGGAAAGUUUGGAGUUUGGCAAAGAAUUGCAGGAGUCUAGUGGGGAGAGCGAAUUGCAAAGCUCAGGUGGGGAGACGGAAGAACAACGGAUGAAUGUGGGUGAAUCAAGAGAUUUGGACGCAGUGAAGGAAGAAAAAGUUGUAACUUUGGGUGAUUUGACAAAUGAUGGUGCAAGUAAUGAAGAAAAGGAUGUUAAUUUGGUUGUUUCUGCAGAGAAGAGGGUAACAGAUGGCGGCUGCGCUGAAAUUAGUGCUGGCGUCGCUCCAGUGAAGAGGAGAAGGCCGCGGGAGAGGAGAGUCCCGUCGACUCCUUUCAGUAGAGCUCUUGGGUUUGCUGGAUUGGGAGCUGGGCUUGCAUGGGGCACACUCCAAGAAUCUGCAAAAAGGCUUGUAUUUGGUACGCCUGAUUUGGAAGAUAAGCAAUCUGCAAUCUCACCGUUCUUGUCUGAGCAAAAUGCUGAACGUUUGGCACUUGCACUCUGUAGAAUGCGAGGGGCCGCACUCAAAUUGGGUCAGAUGCUUAGCAUUCAGGAUGAUUCUCUUGUGCCAAAACCGAUUUUGGCAGCUUUGGAUAUUGUCCGGCAAGGUGCUGAUGUGAUGCCAAGGAGCCAGCUCAAUGAUGUUUUGGAUUCUGAAUUGGGUCUCAACUGGUCGUCAAAGCUCAGAAGUUUUGAUUAUGAGCCGCUAGCUGCUGCAAGUAUUGGACAGGUGCAUCGGGCUGUCCUAAAGGAUGGGUUGGAGGUUGCAAUGAAAAUACAGUACCCUGGUGUUGCAGAAAGCAUUGAAAGUGAUAUUGACAAUGUGAGAAGACUUUUGGAUUAUACAAAUCUUAUACCAAAAGGCCUUUUUCUUGAUAGAGCUAUCAAGGUUGCAAAAGAGGAACUAGCUCGAGAAUGUGAUUAUUUGUUAGAAGCUGCAAAUCAGAAGCAUUUUCGAGAGCUAUUGUCCAACUCAGAAGGGUAUUAUGUGCCUAUGGUCAUUGAUGAUAUAUCAAGCAAAAAAGUGUUAACAACAGAGCUUGUUACUGGAGUCCCUGUUGAUAAAGUGGCACUACUAGAUCAGGAAACUCGGAACUAUGUUGGAAAAAAGCUGCUUGAGCUGACUUUGAAGGAGUUGUUUGCUUUCCGCUUCAUGCAGACAGAUCCUAACUGGAGCAAUUUUCUCUAUGAUGAACCCACCAAAAUGAUCAAUCUCAUUGACUUUGGAGCAGCUAGAGAGUACCCUCAAAAUUUUGUAGAUGAUUAUCUUCGAAUGGUGAUUGCAUGCGCAAACAGUGACCGAGAUGCAGUUAUUGAGAUGUCCACGAGACUUGGUUUUCUGACAGGUGAGGAAUCAGAGGUAAUGCUAGAUGCCCAUGUCCAAGCCGGUUUUCUUGUUGGCUUGCCGUUCUCCAAAUCUGGCGGGUAUGACUUCCGUUCAACCAACAUCACCCGCAGCAUCUCUGACCUGGGCGCGACGAUGCUCAAGCACAGACUCACUCCUCCACCUGAUGAAGUCUAUAGUCUUCACAGAAAACUAUCAGGUGCUUUCUUGGCCUGCAUUAAGCUCGGCGCAGUAGUACCAUGUAGAGAGUUGUUACUUGAUGUCUAUAGACAUUAUUUGUUUAGUGAUGAGAGCUCACAACUUGCCUCCAGUUCUGUGUAAUGUGUAUUCUUUUCUUCUUUCCAAGAUAGUCAAUAAUCUUGUGCUGCAAAAUGUAGCUUGAUUCUUCUGAACAAUGUAUCCCCCCACAGUGAUGAUUUACACUAAAAAAUUUUCAAUUCACUACA